UUUAGUAGGUUUAGUUAUCUUAAAUCGCCGUUUCAAUAUUCUUCCAGCUCCGGCACCCACCAGUGGAUUUUUGCAGCCAAGAUUUUCACAUUACGGUGGAUUCCUAAUUCAUAUAAAAGCUUCAUCCUCACCCUCCGCGAGUCGAGCUGUCAUCUGCUCCUGCGAUGCCACCACGCAUACCAGGCCCGUCGACGGUAUCAUCCGCCUUGACCCGAUACCUAGUCUCAUCGGCCUCAAGUCGAUGUCACCCGCAGCCAUGUCCUCCUCCCCAGAGCAAAGCUAGCUUCUCAACCACUCCAAGCCGGCCGCGCUUCACCCAUAUCCGCCGUGUCUUCAGGACUUGGAUCAACGGCCAGGGCUUCACUUUCCGUAAACACAGGCCCGGCGGCACCAAUUAUCUCCAGAGUGUCGCGGAUGAAGAGCGGAAUGUCGACCGCCCUUUCCCCCUCAACCCCCAUUUCAAAAGCCAGCCCGUCUUAGAUGACCGAGCGAGGGAGUUGAUCUGGGCGAAGGUGAUGCGGGAGGGCCAGACCAUCAAAGCCGUCUCUGCCGAACUAGGCGUCGAUAUUAGAAGAGUAGCUGCUGUUGUGAGGUUAAAGGAAGUCGAGAAGGACUGGAAAGCCAAGGGGAAGCGGUUGGCAAAACCAUAUGCGAGAGCUGUGCUAGGUAUGUUGCCUACGCACACGUUCAACCCCAACCAACGGAACGAGCCGUUCGAGCCCAUUAACGAGCUGCACGUACAUCCGUACACCACAAAGCAGAUCUUCUGGCCGACGUCCGAAUCGCGUCACUUCACACGUGUCGACGCGGCUAAGGCCUUCCACCCGAAGCUGCUGUCGGCAGAUCGGCGUGUUCCCCACCCGGAAUUAAUUCAGAUGGAGAAGGAUGUGCUGCAGGGUCGGCCACUGUGGGACGCCUCGGAAAGGUUCAAACAUGCCACGAUGGAAUCGGAAAGGAAGCUUGCCGACAAAGAGCUUGCAAGGGCUACUCUAGAGGAGAAAUACACUACCCGAGUACGCUCGAAUCGCUUCGAGUUCCGCUUCAAGCAGAUCAAUUCGGAGAACGUGGGCGCUAAGGGCAGGGCGCGGAACGCUGUCGGCUGGAGAUACGGUGCGCCGUACUACGACCGCGCCAAGGGCGAAAUCAAGAUUCCUACAUCAGUGCCUUGAUCUAGUAUUAGGAAACAAUUCCCUUCAACUUAUUGUUGCGCCAGGGUCCUAUACCUACGACGGUGCCUUCGGGAUUACUGCGGCUAUGUUAAUCAGCUUAUCUGAGCAGA